AGCGGCGCUCAUGGGGAUGCAAGGAUGUAGAGGAGCAAAGGGGGAGAAGAGGCCGCGUGAGGAGAGGUGGUGUGAGACCCGCGGAGGUUUCGGCCAAGGAAGGGCGCAUGGAGAAGCGGGCGGCGCGACCCGCCGGGUGCUGGCCAUUCAGGCCCGAAAGCGGAGGCCGAAAAGAGAGAAACAUCCGAAAAAGGUAUGACUUUCCUAAUGGCCAGAGCCUUUUUUGGUGUGCUGCAGUUUGGAUUUAUGUGGUAUGUUUACAGAGAAUUAGCAUAUAUCCACGAUAUUCAACUUCUACUCUCACAGAAAUCAAGCAGAAGAUUGAGCUGCUGAUGUCAGUUAACUCUGAGAAGUCGUCCUCUUCAGAAAGGCCGGAGCCUCAGCAGAAAGCUCCCUUGGUUCCUCCACCCCCGCCCCCUCCACCACCGCCGCCUCUGGCAGACCCUGCGCCCCCGGAGCCAGAGGAGGAGAUCCUGGGGUCAGACGAUGAGGAGCAGGAGGACCCCGCAGACUACUGCAAAGGUGGCUAUCAUCCAGUGAAAAUUGGAGACCUCUUCAAUGGCCGGUAUCAUGUUAUUAGGAAGCUAGGAUGGGGACACUUCUCUACUGUCUGGCUGUGCUGGGAUAUGCAGGGAAAAAGAUUUGUUGCAAUGAAAGUUGUAAAAAGUGCCCAGCAUUAUACAGAGACAGCCUUGGAUGAAAUAAAAUUGCUCAAAUGUGUUCGAGAAAGUGAUCCCACUGACCCAAAUAAAGACAUGGUGGUACAGCUAAUCGAUGACUUCAAAAUUUCAGGCAUGAAUGGAAUACAUGUCUGCAUGGUCUUUGAAGUGCUUGGCCACCAUCUCCUCAAGUGGAUCAUAAAAUCCAACUACCAAGGCCUCCCAGUACGUUGUGUGAAGAGCAUUAUUCGACAGGUCCUUCAGGGGUUAGAUUAUCUACACAGUAAGUGCAAGAUCAUUCAUACUGACAUAAAGCCGGAAAACAUCUUGAUGUGCGUGGACGAUGCAUAUGUGAGAAGGAUGGCAGCCGAGGCCACCGAGUGGCAGAAAGCGGGCGCUCCUCCUCCUUCGGGGUCUGCAGUGAGUACUGCUCCACAGCAAAAACCUAUAGGAAAAAUAUCUAAAAACAAAAAGAAAAAACUGAAAAAGAAGCAGAAAAGGCAGGCUGAGUUAUUGGAAAAGCGCCUGCAGGAAAUAGAAGAAUUGGAGCGAGAAGCUGAAAGGAAAAUAAUAGAAGAAAACGUCACAUCAGCUGUACCUUCCAAUGAGCAAGAUGAUGAAUACCACCCAGAGGUGAAACUAAAAACAGCAGGAUUAGAGGAGGCAGCCGAGGGUGAGACUGCGAAUAACAACGGCGAAGCUGAGGACCAGGAGGAGAAAGAAGACACUGAGAAAGAAAACACCGAGAAAGACGAAGACGAUGUUGAGCAGGAACUCGCGAAUGUAGACCCUACUUGGAUGGAAUCACCCAAAACCAAUGGCCAUAUUGAGAAUGGCCCAUUCUUACUGGAACAGCAGCUGGACGAUGAAGACGAUGAUGAGGAAGAUUGCCCAAAUCCCGAGGAAUAUAACCUCGAUGAGCCAAAUGCAGAAAGCGAUUACACAUAUAGCAGCUCCUACGAACAAUUCAAUGGUGAAUUGCCAAAUGGACGACAUAAAAUUCCUGAGUCCCAGUUUCCAGAGUUUUCCACAUCGUUGUUCUCUGGGCCCUUAGAACCUGUGGCUUGUGGCUCUGCACUUUCUGAGGGAUCCCCGCUUACCGAGCAUGAGGAAAGCAGUCCAUCCCAUGACAGAAGCAGGACGGUUUCAGCCUCCAGCACUGGGGAUUUGCCAAAAACAAAAACCCGGGCAGCCGACCUGUUGGUGAAUCCCCUGGACCCACGGAAUGCAGAUAAAAUUAGAGUUAAAAUUGCUGACCUGGGAAACGCUUGUUGGGUGCAUAAACACUUCACAGAAGACAUCCAGACGCGUCAGUAUAGAUCCAUAGAGGUUUUAAUAGGAGCAGGUUACAGUACCCCUGCUGACAUUUGGAGUACGGCGUGUAUGGCAUUUGAGCUGGCAACGGGAGAUUAUUUGUUUGAACCGCACUCUGGGGAAGACUAUUCCAGAGACGAAGACCACAUAGCCCACAUCAUAGAGCUGCUAGGCAGUAUCCCAAGGCACUUUGCUCUGUCUGGAAAAUAUUCUCGGGAAUUCUUCAAUCGCAGAGGAGAGCUGCGGCACAUCACCAAGCUGAAGCCCUGGAGCCUCUUUGAUGUACUUGUGGAAAAGUAUGGUUGGCCCCAUGAAGAUGCUGCACAGUUUACAGAUUUCCUGAUCCCAAUGUUAGAAAUGGUUCCAGAAAAACGAGCCUCAGCGGGCGAAUGCCUUCGGCACCCUUGGUUGAAUUCUUAGCAGAUUCUGCACACACGCAUUCUGAGCUGGCACAUGUUGUCCAGUGCAUUGGCCCUAAAGGGGGACUCUCGUUCUUAACAGGAUUACAAGUGAGCUGGCUUCAUCCUCAGACCUUUUAUUUUGCUUUGAGGUACUGUCGUUUGACAUUUUGCUUUUUUGUGCACUGUGAUCCUGGGGAAGGGCAGUCUUUUGUCUUCAGCUUAGUAGUUACUGACCCACUUUACUUCUGGAAACAAUAACAUGUCUCUAAGCAUUGUUUCUUGUGUUGUGUGACAUUCAAAUGUCAAUUUUUUUUGAACGAAGAAUACUUUCCUCGUGUUUUGGCAGGUUUUGUAACUAUUUAUGAAGAAGUAUUUUAGCUGAGUACUAUAUAAUUUACAAUCUUAAGAAAUUAUCAAGUUGGAACCAAGAAAUAGCAAGGAAAUGUACAAUUUGAUCUUCUGGCAAAGGGACAUCAUUCCUGUAUUAUAGUGUAUGUAAAUGCACCCUGUAAAUGUUAAUUUCCAUUAAAUAUGGGAUGGGGACUCAAAUUUCAGAAAAGCUACCCAGUCUUGAGUGCUUUGUAGCCUAAGUUGCAUGUAAUGGACUUUAACUGCUCCGAGGAGUUGUGCAAACUUUUCAUUCCGUGACAGUCCUUUUGCAUUGGAUUUUAAACAACUGGCUCUGGGUUAUAUCAUUCCCUAUAUGGCACUUUAUACAAAGAAAAGACAUGCUUCUCAUUCUAAACUACGUAUUACAGUUUAGCACUCCCAUUCAUAUUUUUGCAUAUUUUAAAUUAAAGGUACUUUUAAGGAAAAAGAGCAAUUUCCCUUUAAAAAUGUGGUAGCCUGGUACCAUGUGGUGUUGCCUCCUCCAAGCCCUGUAAGUUAAACUCUACAUAGAUUAAAUUGGACAAGAGAAACAUGUUCAGUGUGUGGAGUGAAAAAAUAUAUUUUUUUGGAAAAGCUUGCUCGUGUUUGUCUAGAACCAAGGUAUGAUAUGUACAAUUUGCAGUGCAGUGGGCAGAAUACUAACAUCUCAGAGGUAACAGGGAUUGCAUUCAUUCCAGGGACAGUUUAGUGUGUGGCUACAACACAUUUUACUAGCUUUUUCAUUGUCUUUCCAUGCGUUGAAGUUGAGAAAAUGAUUUUUUCCCUUUGCAGAUUGCACACAAUUUUGUUUAUGCAUUUCCUUAAAACUGUAGAAUCCAGAACACAGACCAUAGUAGGCAAUACAAUUUUAGAAUGUAAUAUAUAGAGGUACAUUUAGCCUCUUUUAGAAAUCAAUGGAUUGAAUUUUUUUUGUUUUACAUUCCUCAAGGUGCCUCGUUUUUCUUGACUUUGUCCAUUAACAUUUAUCCAUAUGCCUUUGCAAUAACUAGAUUGUGAAAAGUUAACAAGUGUUGUAACAAUAAUCCGUUGUUUGAGGUGCUUGCAGUUGUCUUAAAAAUUAAAGUGUUUUGGGUUUCUUUUCCAGA